UUGAAGAAAAUUGUUAAGUGGAGAAGUAAAAAGAUUUUUUGGAGAAAUGCAAAUGAAGACAAAAAUUCUUAGUGAAAAAUUGUCCCGUGAUUCAAGUCCAUCUCACUGAAGUUUCGUUAACUGGAGGUGGAUACCAGUCUUGAAGGUUGCCAAAAUAGGAGACAUCUACUUCUACAUACAAGCAUUUUCUGCAACUAAGAUUGUUUGCCUCAUGACUUUACUCUGUAAGAUGAAAAUUCAUAUCUUCUCUGAAAUAUCCACUCAAUCGUCAUAUUGACCCUAUAGAGUUCCUGAAGGUUAUUUUUACAAUGUAAAUUUUAUCUAUUGACUUCAUAAUGUCAGAGAUCAGAUUCAGCAAUCUCACUUGGGAUCACAUCAUAACACUGGAUCGCGUGUUGGAUGAAGUAAUCCCAAUCCAUGGAAGGGGCAAUUUCCCCACGCUGGAGGUAAAACCAAAAGAUAUCGUUCAUGUUGUGAAAGAUGAACUUAUAAAGCAGGGUAUUAUUGUUAAAGAUACCAGAUUGAAUGGCUCUACAGCAAGUUACAUACUCGCAAGCCAUAAUGGAAUCAGCUAUAAAGAUCUGGACAUUAUUUUUGGUGUUGAUCUGCCAAGUGAUCAAGAAUUUCAGGUUGUUAAGGAUGCAGUUUUAGGCUGUCUACUUGACUUUUUACCAAAAGGUGUUAAAAAAGAAAAGAUUACCAUAAAGACAAUGAAAGAGGCGUAUGUGCAGAAAAUGGUCAAAAUCUGCAAUAACCAGGAUCGUUGGAGCCUCAUCUCUCUUUCAAAUAACACCGGGAAGAAUGUAGAACUCAAAUUUGUGAAUUCACUCAGACGACAAUUUGAAUUUAGUGUAGAUUCUUUUCAAAUUCUUUUGGAUUCCAUGUUAGAUUUCUAUAGUGUCCCAAAUGCUAAGUUAACCAAAGAAUCCUGUCCUGUGGUGGUGGCUGAAAGUAUGUAUGGAGAUUUUCAGGAAGCAAUGAUACACUUGAAAUACAAGCUUAUAUCUACCAGAAAACCUGAAGAGAUCAGAGGUGGUGGUCUUUUGAAAUACAGCAAUUUGUUGGUCCGUGACUUCAAACCAGCUUGUCAAACAGAAAUUAAGACUCUGGAACGUUAUAUGUGUUCUAGAUUUUUCAUUGAUUUUCCUGAUGUAGCAGAACAGCAAAAGAAAAUUGAAUCAUACCUCCGCAACCAUUUCAUAGGUGAAGAUAAAAGCAAGUAUGAGUACCUUAUGACCUUGCAUGGUAUUGUGAACCAAAGCACUGUCUGCCUCAUGGGUUAUGAAAGAAGGCAGACUCUUAAUAUGAUCACCCUUUUGGCUUUGAAAGUACUUGGAGAACAGAAUGUAUUACCCAGUACAGACAAUGUAACUUGCUUUUACCAACCUGCUCCAUACCUAGUUUUUGAGGGAGGGUACCCGAGUUAUUAUGUAGCAUCUGGGCCACCACUUGUUUACUUCCAGCCAUGUUCUGCAGUGCAGUUUCCACUACAAAAUGAUAUGAUGUAAGAAGUACUCACACUGGAAGCAUUACUUAAGUACAUCUGAAAAGUAAUUUUCCAAGUUCUGUAAAAGUUAAGAUCUAUUUUUGUGUAGUUGCCAACUAUUUUUCACCAAAUGCAGCUUAAAUUAUCAUAGUAGAUAAGGUAUCAUCUCUAAGCUCAUUUUCAAGUGAACUUUAAGUGUUGGGAUUAUAAAAUCUUUCAAAUGUAGUGGACUAAAUACUUUCAAUGAUCUUUCAAACCUUACUGACACUUAAGACAAAAUUUGCUGCAACCAGUAUGUUAAAGGUGCCUGCAUCUUUGGCUAAAGAUAAAAGAACCCUUCUCAUGUUUUAAAAUGGAGUGCAUAGUGAAGGCAUGUUGCAACAUCUUUUUGUUCAGUUAGUUCCUUGUUACACUGGUUUUUUGUUAGCAAAUAAUUACAUGAAUUUUUCGUGCUUAAAUUGAAAUUAACUGAUUGCAAUGAUAACCAAUUUAAAUGACGUUAAAACAGUAGAUUAUAAACUUGUGUUUCCCAAUAAUUUGUUGGGUUGAAAAUACUGCUAAAGUUUGAAGCACCACUGGAAAAAAUGUUCUGAAAAACAGUAAUUAUCCAUCAUAUAGUAAGAAUUUAGCUAAUCUGUGGAUUGAAAACAAACCUUUAAUCUGAACAACCAGCAAGAGAACUUAUUAUGCAGAGGUUUUGGCACUUAAAUAAGUUGAAAAGAAAAAACAACCAACUCUGAAUGUGAAACUAUUUUAUCAUCAUCUCCUAAGAAGAAACUAAAGGGGACAAAAAGGAGAAAUAUCGUCACCAACUACAGAAAGUUAGAGAAUUCUGUGUUGACAUUUCAGAUUUUUGGCUUAUUUGAUUAACAUUCUAACACAUAUAGGCAAUUUUCAUCAUUAGUAAUUAAAAGUACUUACCACCAAAUGAAGCACUUUCACUUUUCCUAUCACAAAGCCUGAUUUGUAGUAUGUUCUUUGAUGUCAAAUUUCAGUUAACACCACAUUUUUUUCAGUAAUAGUGUAUAUUUGCCAUUAUUCUGAAUAUUUAUUCAGUAACAUCAGAUAUCCACUAGUAAAUAUAUGAAUGGGAUUUAAAAUAAAUUUCUCUCAUAUGAUGUAAAGAGCCAUUGAUCUCUUAUCUGGGAUGAUAAGAACAAGCUGCUCUCAAGGAAUGUCAGUGAGGCCGUCAGAAAACUUAACUACACUUUUCCAUCACAAGAAGAACCAGCAGUCAAAAUCUGAGAAUGUGCUACCUGUAGACUGUAGUUAAAGUCUCUUCUUGGCAUUAAAGUAUCGAAUACAAAAGUACAGCUUCUGUGAAAUUUUCAAAUAGCCAAUAUUUCUGACAUUUUUGUACCCAUACAUCACUGACCAUACAUUUGAUAUAUUCAAAUAAUUACAUUUGUAUGACAAAAUCCCAAGGCUUUAAAAUAUUUGGCUUACCCCUUUGGGUGGAGAACAAAUAAAAAAGUACUGGAUACUGUA